CAAUCGAGUGAGCCCAUAUCUUUUUCUCUCUCUUUAUUUUUCUCUCUCUUUGCCCUUAUUCUGGUGGGCAUUCAUUCAUUCUUCUGCUCCAAUUCCUGCACCCAAACCAAACCAAACCCUUCUAUCCACUCACCAUGCCUCUUCCUCUCUUCCCCACACCCACUCUCAUCAUUCCCAUCAUCACCGACCUCGCCGUUUUUAUCACUCCCCUAUGGAUUGCAGUCAUCGUCGGAGUCAUCCUGGGCUGGGCCUGGAAGCCCAAAUGGGCUUUCGACCCAAAACACGCUCUCCAAAAGCUUCGACCCCCUCGCUCCCCCAAUCCCCCACACCACACUGCAUUCACCUACCCCACCACCACUACUGCCGCCACCGCCGCCGCCCGCGUCAAAGACGCCGGCGGGAAUGCGGUCGUCACGGAACACGAUUUGCUGCACUUGUGGAAGUUGGUUGAGGAGAAAGACGGAGGCCCCGCGUGGAAUCAGAUGAUGGACCGUUCUACCCCCACCAUGCGUUACCAAGCAUGGCGUAGGGAUCCUGAGAGUGGACCGCCGCAGUACCGGAGCAGGACGGUGUUCGAGGACGCGAGUCCCGAGUUGGUGAGGGAUUUCUUUUGGGACGACGAGUUUCGGUUGAAGUGGGAUGACAUGCUUAUACACGCUUCGACUAUACAAGAGUGUGCUCUCACUGGAGCCAUGAUGGUGCAUUGGGUGCGCAAGUUUCCCUUUUUUUGCAGUGACAGAGAGUAUAUCAUAGGGAGGCGAAUUUGGGACGCUGGCCAAAUUUACUACUGUGUCACAAAGGGAGUACCUUGCCCCUCCAUGCCAAGGCAUAACAAACCUAAACGAGUUGAUUUAUAUUAUUCAAGCUGGUGUAUUCGUCCAGUUAAAUCAAGGAAAGAUGGCCAGCUGACUUCAUGUGAAGUAUUAUUGUUUCAUCACGAAGAUAUGGGCAUACCCUGGGAAAUCGCCAAGCUUGGAGUUCGACAGGGUAUGUGGGGAGCUGUCAAGAAGUUUGAUCCUGGACUACGAACAUAUGAGAAACAAAGGACUUCUGGUGUACCAUUAUCACCCUGUGCUCGUGCUGCUAACAUCAACACUAAAAUCAGUAUGGACUACCUUAGUUCUCUGGAAAACACGACCACCGAUUUGUUGGAGAUUGAAAAUGAAGAUUCUUCUGACAAACCAGUUGGGAGAAACAUACCUAAGCUUCUAAUUGUUGGUGGAGCCAUUGCUCUUGCCUGCACUCUUGAUCAAGGACUACUAACUAAGGCAGUUAUAUUUGGAGUAGCCCGAAGGUUUGCGAAAAUGGGAAGGAGAUUGUGACAUAUUAUGCUUUUUGCUUUCAGAAAUGGCCGGCGAAUUCCCUCUUGCAGUGGAAUAAGGAAUUGAGAUGUUACCUCUUGCUUUGGAGCUACUACUGUUUAUUGUGGAUCUAGUUGGCAGCCAUGGUUGAAGAGGAUGGUAUUAUUCUUUCUUCAUUUGUUUGAUCUUGGAGGCAGCUUUUAACUGGAAAUGCGAAAUAGGAACAUUUUACCUUUAUGUCAUUAAAGAUUCUGGAGCUGCAGGAAUAACAUCAAUAUCCAGGUUUUUCUUCAGUUCAUGUCCUUUUAUAAUCACGAUUUUAUAUGUUAAAUGACUAUUAGUUAAUUUAUAA